AUGGAGAAAAGAUUAUGGCUGCUGUUAGUUAACGUACUGUUUGUAACAACAGCCCAAGAUAGCUUUUUCAAAAACUCUAUAUAUGAAGAUUUGUUCGGCUUUGUUAAGUAUCCUGUGCUAUCAGGAAAUGGAAUUGGAAUAUCUUCGUCAUUUUCGAAAAUAAGUAAUGGCAAAGCUCCAUCUAGAGAAGAAAUCAUCCAGCCAGGAUGUGGAACCGCCCCCGACCAUUGUCCCAACACAAUUUACCGUUCCUACGAUGGUUCAUGCAAUAAUUUAAAAAAUCCAACUUGGGGAAUACCCAAUACGCCAUAUAAUAGAUUAUUACCAGCGAAAUAUGCAGAUGAGCACUACAAGACCAGAUGCUGUUCGGAGGAUGGUCAACUAUUAGAGCUAGCCAAUGUACCAGAACACUGUUUUCCGAUGAUUCUUCCAGAUAACGAUCCAGCUCACUCCAAUGACAAUGUUAAAUGCAUGAGUUUUGAUAGAACCAUCACGGAUAGAGAUCGUAGAUGUGUAAAAGGAAAUUCUCCUGCCGAACAGCUUACAUCGGUGAACCAUUUUAUGGAUUUAUCACUGGUUUAUGGCAAUGAUGACGAAACCAACCACCAACUGAGAGAAUUUAAAGGUGGUCGACUACGUUUUGAUGCCAGAAACGGCCACCAAUGGCCACCAAGGGCUACCAAUGCCUCAGGAACUUGUCGAUUGACAAAGCCAAAAGAUGCUUGCUACUUUGCAGGUGAUACCAGAAUCAACCAAAAUCCGCAGCUAGCCCUUCUACAUGUAAUACUUUUGCGAGAACACAACAGAAUCGCCGACGUACUUUCUGGGCUUAAUCCUCACUGGGAUGAUGAAAAGUUGUUCCAGGAAGCGAGAAAGAUUUGCGUUGCUGAGCACCAGUAUAUUACUUACUACGAAUGGCUACCUUAUUUCGUUGGUUUAGACAGAGCGCUGGAGAGUAGAUUGAUUUGGAAGACUGACGGCUUUGUUGAUGAUUAUAAUGAGCAUGUCAAUCCGACUGUCUUAAAUGAGCACUCAACAGCUGCUUUGAGAAAUUUUCAUACAUUAAUAGCUGGAAAGAUUGAUUUAGUUACUGAAAAUGGAUAUCACCAUCAAUCUCUAAGGUUUACAGAUGUAUUGAGACGACCACAAGUUAUAGAAACCAAAAAUAUAUUUGAUGAUCUCAUCAGAGGACUCACCACACAAGCCCAGUCAGCUUCAGACCAGUUCCAUGACAGUGAGGUAACUCAGUUCAUGUUUAGAGAAGAAAACGAAAAAUUCGGAGUAGACCUUAGAGCAAUAGAUGUACAAAGAAAUCGAGACCAUGGUUUGGCAUCGUAUAACGACUACAGAGAGCUAUGGAAGAGACCAAGGGCUCAGAAGUUUGAAGAUCUUUUAGACUCUAUCACUCCAGAAAAUGUUAUGGCUUUAUCUCAACUCUAUGAGCACCCUGACGACAUUGACCUAAUAGUAGCAGGAUCUAUUGAGAAAAAUGUAAAAGGAGCUUUAGUGGGUCCAACGUUUUUGGGUAUAAUCAUCGAGCAGUUUUACCGAACAAGAGUAGGGGAUAGAUUUUUCUUCGAGAACAGUGGCCCUCUGGAAUUUAAACUUGAACAAUUGCAGGAAAUUCGUAAAGCCAGUGUGUCAAAAUUGUUAUGCGAUAACGGACACCACGUUAUUAACAUACAGCCUAGAGGAUUCGAAAGGAUAUCUCAAAGGUAG